AUGUCAACCUCCGGCGCUGAUCCUGCAUCUAAUUUGCCAGGCUUGUUUGCCAACCUACGAGCCAAUCACGCCAAUCACGCCAAUCACGGCCAGACAGCCCCUCACCAAAGCUCACCUCCAGGUGCAGAUCGUCAACCAUAUUCCGCGGCCGCAGCUACCCCAAGCUUACCACAACCUCAACCUCAACCACAAUCUCAAAUUUCCCACCAGUCAGGCGUCAUGUCCCCUAUUUUCUCGUCUGCCUUCGUGCCACCUCACUCACGUGCUUCCGGUGUCAACGCCAAUGUCAGCCGAAAUACAACGCCCGCGCGCACACCAGUACCUCCUGGCACUCAGUCCAAUUCAGGACAGUUGACGAACCCCCUGCUCAACUUACUGAAGUUUGGGUCGAAUACAGCUUCCCCUCAAGCCUCUCCACUACAGCAACCUGCAGCACCAUCAAGACCAGAGUAUGGCAGCGCCAGCACCCACAGCGUACAUGGACGUGGUAUAUCAGCGUCGGAUCUAGUUGCCUCAUUCACAGGCGGCAAGUCAACUACGUCUACACAGCGUGAGAAGAUAUUGGCUACAUCAUCAAUCAAUCAUCAAGAUGCUUUACUGAGGCUUCUCAACCAAACCACUUCCCGAGCCGAUGCUGCUCAUCAGAAACUGUCCGAGUCUACAGACGCUACUACCAACCAGCUUUCCGAAGACCUGGCAGGUUCUUCAUUAGAAGACCAGCAUCAAUCCGUCUUGGAUACGAAGAGCAGUGUCUCUGGACGCAACGAGUCACCGAUUCGUUUCUUCGGCAGCAACGAAAAUACUACACCAACGCCAUUCGAGCCGCAAGAUAUACCAAAAGCAGAGCCCUCUCAGAAGACGGGACCCAUCUUCACAUACGUCAACCCCUUCGAAAACCUUGCUGCGUCGUCGCCUCGCGGUGUGAAUCCCAAGGUCUCGCCCAACGGCGACAUCCACAAGCGCAAGAUUAAAUCUUCGUCUCCUGCAGCCGUCCAUGCCUCAUCACGGCGAAAACUUACGCCAUCGGCCAAAGACGUCUUACAGAGUAUCGAAACUUCAACGCCACCACCUCUUGAUGACGGUCGAGGUCAAAUCGAGGCCCUCGUCGGCAUCGGUGCGCCUAGCAAAGAUGUCGAGAAAGAUGCUGAGACGGUUGCCCAAGCCUUGCACGAGGUUGGGAGUCAAGUCGAUCGACAGGUAGAAAGCGCUUUGGCCAGGGCUGAGGAAAAGACUGAAGGGAAAGAACGUGGAACAGACAUCAAGCAGGAAGAGCUCGAAGAUGAACAGCAGGCAAAGUUGGACGGCCUUGUACAUGAUGCGGCUGUCGAAGUCAAGAAAGAGCUAGACAAAGCUGAGAAUCAAGGAGCGUUGGAGGAGUCCAUGCCAGCAUCGAUGGCAGAAGCCGUCAAAGAGGUAAUCGACGAAGCUGCGCAGGGCAAGGGCGCUGACGAGUGGGAGAGCGCUGAGGGCGAAGGAAAUGCAAACAAGGCGAAUCCCAAUCGUGUUAUCCAAGUUCACCAGUUCCCGAUGCGGCCGUUCGUGUCCAUCGAUCUUGUUCAAAAGGAACCUGCUAGUCUCCCCAUUCGAGAGGAUUCAAUCGUCAACAUCGCAAGAUUCAAGAAAGACUUUGACCAAGCAGACCGAACUUUGGGGACCGCUACGAAUGAAUACAUCGUUUACGGAAUGCCAAAGAACGGUGGCAUACGAAUAAUUCAACAAGACAAUGGAAACUCCAGCCUUAUCUAUUCAAAGACCCAAGAUCGUAUCUUCAAUAUCGGCAUUUCGUCCGCUCAUCCAGGGAGCCCACUACGAGGCACUCAGACGGUAAUCGCCACUGGCGUCAGCGGGACUGUCUACUGGACCGCCAUAGCCAGACCCGGAGAAGAGCUAACCCAAGACGACAUGGAGAAACAAGGCCUUAUUAUUCCGCCAGUACCCAAUCAGCUCGACUCUACAUCGGGUGGUCAAUUGAAGACGCGUGCCAAGAAGAGUAGCCGCCAUCCAGAGUUCUUCGCGAUAGGCCGCGGCAAAUCCAUCUACAUCGUUCUCACCGCACAUGCGCAGAAAUCCUCUUUAGUGAACAAGGAUGCAGUUCUGGAUACGGAUAAGUACUUUGCGGAGCGCAAUUUGAAGGUCACUACCGGUAAGGCGGGCAAGGACUUUACUUUCAGCGAGGAUGACAGCACAAUCGUCACCCUUGACAAGGCUGGGAAGCUCAGGAUCUGGGAUAUUCGCGAGUUAACAGAUGAAGCCAAUGCCGGUGCAUCGAUGAUUACACCAAUCGAGGUUAAAGCUCCAAUGCUAUCUUUCAGCACGGCUCACUCGACAGAAAAGUCGUGGCCAACCUCGGUCCUCUUUGUGGACAAACUUCGCCCUUAUACGAAAGGAAUAGCCCUUCGAUAUAUCAUUGUCGGUAUGAAGCAGAAUCAUACGCUUCAGCUUUGGGACCUUUGUCUAGGAAAAGCGGUUCAAGAGCUCAGUUUCCCUCACGAGAAGGAAACCGACGCAAUCUGCAGUGUCACGUAUCAUCCAGCUUCAGGUAUCAUCACUGUUGGUCAUCCGACCCGCAACUCCAUCUAUUUCAUCCAUUUAUCCGCACCGAAGUACAACCUGCCGAGCAUGUCGCAAGCCAAAUUUGUACAACGUCUGGCCAAUAAGGAUUCUAGCCUACCAAAGGCAGAAGCUACCGCUAUCAUGAGCGGGAUGCGCGAAUACUCAUUCGAGAGCAAGGGCCAGUUACGCAGUGUCGAGCUGGUACCAUCUUCCGGUGAGCCUGCAAGAGCUGUGGAAGACGAAGAAGACCCACUGCUGUUCGAACUUUAUGUGAUGCACUCUAAAGGUGUCACUUGUCUAGGUAUCAAAAAGGAGGACCUUGGUUGGUCAAGCGACAGCCGAGUCCUUCACUCGAUAGAUGCAGAGCAGGCUGGUGAAAUUGUUAUCAAGGAGCUUCGAGAGCCGUCAGCGAUCUCCGCAAGUGAGCCGUCGUCAACCUCAAUGAAUGGCGAGGUUUUAGCCACUUCUUCUCCUGCAAAGCCAAAGACCCCUUCGAAGGAGAUCGCCAAAUCGGAACGUGCCGCAACAGAAGACGGGCAGGCUGCCCCCAACAAUGCUGAAAAGGUCGACAAGAAGAAGAGCAAACGGAAUGGCGCUAUCGAACCGAUUAGUCGCCCUGCGGCUCCAUCUCCUGCGCCCGAGUCUUAUGCCAGUGCCGCCCAGCGAGCAUCGACUCCCACCCCUCAAGUUGCUCCGAGUGUUACGAAAGAGACGUCCCGGCCUUCGUCGCUGAAGGAUGACUCACGGGAAGCGCCUGACACCGUCCCCGCUUCCACUGGGGAUAAGUCAACACGCUCGAUAGCCAACGGAGAGUCAAUCAGCCUGGGCAUAUCGGGUGAAUUCCUCGACAAGGAGCUCAAGAAGAUCGAGGUCGGAGUCUCCAACGAGUUCAACAAAGUUUUUCGACGGGAGCUUGAGACUCUGUACCGACGCUUCGCGGAAGACAAGCGUGUCCAAGACGCUGCUGGAGCAGCCAAGCAAGAUGCGAUGCUUCGUCUGGUAUCGAGUACUCUCAGUGACAAUGUGGAAAAGUCGCUAUCUCGGAUCAUCCUGAAGAAUAUUCAGGACUCUGUAGUUCCGUCCGUUGCCGAUGUCACCUCGGCUUCCCUGGUUGACGUGCUCCCAACAGUCGUAGCUAAGCAUGUCAACGAAGCUAUGCCAAGUGUUAUGAAAUCUGCUCUACCAGAAGCCAUUGGCCGAACUAUGCAGAAUCCCAACCUUCUUCGCUCAAUCUCAGAGCACAUUACAAAAGCGUUGACUGGCCAUGUGGAGCGCGAAUUCACGACGACCUUACACAAUGUCAUCGUGCCUAACUUCACUAAUCUUGCAGUUACUGUUGCACAGAAAGUUAGUGAUGAUACAGAACGUCGUGUGCGUGAGCAAUUACAACAAGCGGAAUUGCAACACCGCGAUGACAGUGUCAAGAUUGAUCAGCUCACGGACCUGGUCCGUGGGCUUUCUGAAACUGUGCACACAAUGGCAGCUGCACAGUCCGACUUCCAACUCGAGAUUCUCAAGCUUCAACAAAAGGCUGCCCAGGAAGGUCAAAAUCUGGCUCGUCGGCCUUCACCAAGUCCUAGCGAAUCCGCAUCCAUGCACAUGUCCCCUGAACAGGAAGAGCUGGAAGCAAUCGCAGCAUCAAUGCGAGAGGGCCAUUUCGAAGACGCUACGGUUAUGUGGCUCCAAUCAAACCAACAAGUAGCUUUGUUUGACAACCUAUUUGUACGCUGCAACCCAGGUUAUCUCGGACAAGCCUCACCUUUGGUGAUACUUUCCGUCGGAGCUGCCGUGACUACUUCGCUAGCGACAAAUGUUAUGGAGCGCUUGUCUUGGCUUGAGACCGUUUUCCAUUCGGUCAAUCCAAGAGACCCAGACAUACGUGAUGUUGUCGGCAAAAUACUCGAAAUAUUAAGCCAACGUCUCGAAGGAGAGUACAUGCGCAUCGCUGAGGAGGAACCUCAGAAUCCCGCUCUCCGCAAGAUUCCCGGUUUGGCAAGGCAGGCACGUGAGCUCAAGUCUUACACUGAAUGA